CGCGAAACCGGGGAUGACUCCCUCCGAGCGAAAAUGACGAAAAGGAGGGCUCGAAAAAGACCUUGCGGACCCCGGAAUCACCACGACUCCAAUCAAUGAGCAAUGACGAACACUUCAGAGUCCAGAGCGUGACGCAGCAUUCAUAAUCCUCGGUGUUGAGUUCCUAGAGAUACGCCCGCCAUUGUACGAUGAAUCUCAGGGGGUUGAGCAGUCUGAACGCGGGGUUGAUAAUCGUCGCAAUCCUUCUGAGAUCCGCGCGUUGCCAGGGGGACGGGGUCGAGGGGGACGAGGGGAUCGGGACGGAGGACUACUCCGUGACGGGGUACGAACCCGGGACCGCGGGUCCGGCGACCGAGUUCUACGUCGCGGAGACGAGUGAGACGACGACGACGACGGUUUCGACUUCUGGACCGAGCGCCUCGGAUUCCGAGUCCGGGGAGACGGCUACCGUCUCGUACAGGGAUGCCAUGUCAAUAAAUUACUACCCCAGCAGGAGAGAGCGGCCGCCCAAAGAGAAUGAGGAGGCGUCGUUAAAAGGACCUGAAGCCUCUCCAGGCAAACCAACAAAAUAUCAUUACUAUCCUCAUAAUCAACAUAUAUAUCUCUUACCAGAAUGUGCUGUGCAACAGGUUUGCAACGCAGUAUAUAUUAGAUUGAACUACACACAGCCGUUGUGUGCGUGUCCAUCCCGGUAUAGAGAGCCAUGUUCUGCGAGUCUCGACUCGGACGAUCUUCACACAACCGAGCUCUCGGUUGACCCUCGAGGAAAGGUUCUGACGUUGAUAAAAACUUGCGAACCGGUUGCCGAGAUGAGACCAUGCAGGCCGCCAAGAGAUUGGUCUCUCCUAGCACUCCAAAAUGUACGGACGGGCAAGUCUCAUUACUUGGUCAUAUGUAGAUGCUUAUCUGCCAGCGUUUUAGAGGGUCCGAUGAGCCACGAUCAACCAACCUAUGCUAGUGUUCCUGGAAUUAGAGUGUACGGUAUGAUGUGUGUGAGCAAACAGGAAGGCGUCAAAAGUAGUUCGACGACACCGAGCUCCGCACGGAGAGCCCGACCGUUGAGAUUUAGGAGAUCCUCCUUCCUCUCGGAGAAACCAGACUUGCCAUGGAAUGAAAUUCGUCAGUUUUUGCAGUCAGUAGAAAAAAAUUAAUUGGACCAUAGACUUUGCAUCUAAUUCAUCCAUUCUUGAUUAUGUGACUAUAUUACGUCUCCGAGAUGUUGCCUGAAAGCGUCUCCCACAUUGAAAAUUUUAUUGUGUCCAAAAUUUAAGCAAUUUAUUUUUUUACCCCGAAAAAAUGUAUUAUUUGAGCCAAAAACAUAGCCAUAAAAAUUAAUACUUUUUCUGAAUUUUCAUUUCGCGUUGAUCUAGGUUAAACAAAAAGAAAAGAACUUCAUUCUAAUGCAGUGAAAUCUCCAGGACCAAAUCUUUGCAAAGAAGAUAGCACAGAUGAGACAAGCAGCGAGCAAUUGAGUUCUUGCAUUGUCGUUUGUCUACAAAACUUGAUCAGAUUUGUCAUCUAUUUCUGAUACGCAUCUUUUAUUCCGAUUUUAAUUUAAAUAUUGUAAUGAGUUAUGCAGCCUUCAUGAAAACUCGAAACGCUACUAUACAUACUUUGAUCCAAUAUGAAAAAUCAAAUUUUUUUGCAGUUUUGGUUCAUUUUUUAAUUAAAGAAAAAUAAUUUCAAAGUCCAUAAAGUUCAUGAACUGCAUUAUCAUAAAAUAUUAGACAAAUUAAAAGACAAAUUUUAGACAAUUGAAAGUUUGUAUAAUUUAUUCCCUCGUUUUUCUAGGUGUUAAAUCACCGGUCGAUUAAGGUGCUAGGAAUUGUGAGUUCCUACGUGGUACAUGAGUAGAAAUUUUGUUAGAUGGAUCUGUAUGAAACAAUGUAUUUUUAAUUGUAAUUAUUAAUUUAAUUUAUUAUUUUAGCUUUGAGCGGAAGACCUAAUUUUUCCUUACAAAAUGAAUUCUAAUUAAUUACAUUCCGAAAAAAAUGCUUUAUUUUUUGUCCUCAUGAUCAGUGGCUCAAUAUUAUGUCCCUCUUUUCCCUUAAACCCCUUUAAAUCCUACUAUGACAGGAUUCUUCAUUUCGAGUUGAUAUUAUAUAAACAUAGUUUUUCCAAUUGUAUCCUCCAAUUUAGGGACUCCUAAUACAAAAUCCUCACAAAAAAUCCGAUCUCGUAAGGGUCUACAAUGGAAAAUUACAUAAUUUCAUAUGUUACACCUUUGUCUGGCCACGUAAGUGGUUAUGCCACUAUUAUAGCUUUAGCCUAAAUUGUACCUUAAAUAACACAGACCUUCAACAAUGUUUGCCGGAAACAGAUCGCAUUUUCUCCAUGCAGAGCCAGAGUUUAGCUCUAAGGUUUGUAUUCCACCCUCAUCCCUCAGCUAAGGUACCUACAUUUCAAGGUUCGGUGAGUGCGAUGACAGCUUUGGACAUCAAAGGGCGGGAGCCGAUUUUUUUUGAUAAAUGGUGAGAUGAUUAAAAAUGAUUGAUGAUAGAAGUUCUGCGAUCUUGAAAGUGCGUCGAGAGCUACUUUUCCUCAAGAGACAGUGGAAACAAUACUUAGAUUUUGACUGGUGUGUCUCUCUGCUAGUUCCUAGGAAUUUGAGAGAAGGGGAUAAGGCUGAAAAAGGGUUCAGUAGAGAAUCAUUGACAGAGGACAAAAACUGGUAAAGUCAUGAUAUGCAUCGCUAUUUUGAUUGCUGAGAAAAUGAUAUUCUCCUCUUGAAAGAGCAAAACAAAUGUUCAGGCUUCAGUCUCCAUUCGAUAUACCACAUGUAAUGAAAAACAUGAGGAUUGGAGAACUAAAACAAAUCUUCUAUCUAAAUUUUGUAAGCAUUACGUGCUACAUUAAAAUAAGUUCUGUAAAAUACUCUAUUCCACAUCGAUGGUGCAAGUGCCUUAACAUGUAUAACUAAAUUCAGUCGUUGUAUAAUACAUUUAGGGGUAUUUUCAUUAAUUGGUUUAUUCUUUUUACAGAGAGAAAUCAACGUGUGUUUAGUCUUAUGUCUUCCUAUUUUCACGUGUAAAAAUUAUUUAUUUUAAAUUUUUAAGUGUACAUACAUUAAAGUAAAUAAAAAUAAACUGGAAUUGCUGAA